AUGGUGAGCAUACCUUUUCCUCUACAGCGGGCUGGGAUUGUUUCAUGUGCGGAGGCGGAGGGAAACGGUGAUAAUCAUUGCAGGGCGAAUCCGGUUGUGAUUGAGCCACAUAACGAAGACGGCCCCAAUGUUACUUCUGGAGCUGAGGCCCUCGUAGCGCACUCAGUUGUGCACAACCCACUGGUACGUACCGUUGUUGAACGUAUUUUUGAGGAUGUUGAGGAGAACCAACGCCCCGCGCUGCGUCACUGUUUUCGUCUGAUACCUUGCGAGUUAACAUGCUGCCCCAUCCUUCCCGAGAUGCGUCUCGGGUUAGAGAAGCUUCGGAUUGAACAUUUCCCCGCAUCCUCGGCAUCGGAUCAGCAACUCCACAAAGUUGGGUUUUCGUUUAGCGUGAAGAACAACACAAAUGUAGACAGCAAGAAGGCUUACUUGCAGGCUGCAUUGCAAACUACAUUUCCCGCCAACCGUUUUGUUGUUAUCCCUUCCGGUAGGGUUAAAAGUUGUGGGGGUGGCGUGGAGGCUAUGUUUUGCGUGGUUGUGGUUCACUCCACAUGUGUCAUGGGCGUGCAAAGACGCUUCUCCGAUCGUGGGGAAUUCAACAUUCACGCCCUCGGGGUGAAACAUUUGGAACUCUCCACAUCGGUGUGA